AUGAAGACAAUUCAUAAAAAGCUGCUCUCUAUUUGGUUUCACAACCCCGCUGAAAAUGUUUCAAAUUUCUUCAAAGGAAUUGUGUCAAACACAAUACAGGCUUCUCGAUCUGCAGCAACCACAAGCUUUUCCUAUGCCCUUCGGUGAUUUCUACAUAGAGUGUUUUUAAUUUCUGCUUUAUUCUUCAGCUUAUUCAUAGCAGCUGGAAUUCUGUAUGGCUCCGCAUAUUACUUUUUUAUGCCUUACUCGUUCCAGAAAAUCCCAAUUUCACUCCAUUCGUCACUACUGUAAAUUAAAUUCAGGGACAAAAGAGGAUCAGUGAUAGUAGGCCAAGAAAUAAUUCUGGAAAACGAAAAUUACCUUGCAUCAGUUCUGUUUGAGCUCCCAGAAAGUCCUGAAAACUUUGACUGCGGCAACUUUGACGUUGAAGUUUUGCUUGAUGACGAAAUCAAAGCAAAAGGGAUCGGGAUCAUGAAAUAUUACAGUCCUGUUAUCCGGAUGCUUCGGAGCUUUUUGAAAGCAUUUUUAAUUGUGACUGGGCUGAUUGAUGAGAGCCAGUCUGUAAAAGUCAGCUUGCCACUUAGUAUUACUGAUGCAAGCAAUUUUGAAAAACUGGAAAUAAAAGUCUCCCCUAAAAAUUUACAGGUUUAUAGUGCCUGGCUGUAUUUAGAAGUCCAGCUAACAGGGGUGAGGUUUUUGGCUUUUCAUUAUUUUUAUACUUGCCUUAUUGUUGGGACGCUAUCGUUGUUUACAUUUGAAAUAUCAGGGAUAGUUUGCUAUAUUCUUUACUUAAAGUAUGUUAAAAAGGUAUCUGGGUUUGCAUUGAAGUUUAUUCCUGAAGAAUUUCUGUGUCCAAAAAUCCAAAAAGAAACACUAGCUAUAGAAGAAUUUCCGACUGAUUUUUCUCAUAUAUUAAAGCCAGCUCCUCCUAAAAAGGAAAAACUCAUAAAAAAAUUGAAGCAUCAAUUGGUCAAACUUAAAAAUGAACUAAAAUUUUCAUAA